GACGGCAUGCAUGUGAAUUUAGAAGUUGCAUGUGGAUUUAGAAGGUUGAAUCAACACUUAUUAAUCCAAACAAAAAGGAGUUGAGCGCGAAGGAGGAUGCUGUCAAAAAAGAGAGAUGCCUGUCAACAGCAUCAUCUGACAGUGGUAAUGGAGGUUGUGGAUGGCUUAAGAAAAAAAAUACAGGCAUUUUGGAGAGGUUGAUGAAACGGAGAAGAAAAAACUGACACCUAGACAAUGGCUUCUAUUGGUAGUUCUCUCAUUAGCAACUCUUACAUCAUCAUUUGCCAUUUCCCCCCAUUCUUUGCUAAAAUUGCUGAAGAUAAGGGUGCCACAGUAUCCAUUUAUGGAUUUAUCGUUGGUACCAACUGCCUGACAUCGUUUCUUGUCACUCCUUUUGUAGGAAAAAACCUAAAAGUUAUUAGCGUUCGGUUCGCGUUUGUUUCUGAAGUUUUCAUUGGAGGUAUUUGCUGCUUAUUGUCGGGCUUUUUAGAGUAUUUCCCUCCCGGGGGUUCAUUCGUCGUAAUCUCUAUAUUGAUCCGCGUCAUUCAUGCGGCCGGAAACGCUGGUACAAUUACGUCGACGUUUACUUACACUGCUGUAGAGUUUCCCAAUUCGGUUCUCAAUUCGAGUCUUACAAGAACAAUGAUGAACAUUGCCCAGUUUGCUAGUCCUAUAGUCGGUGGUGCAUUGCAUGAAGUAGGUGGUUUUAAGACUACCUUUAUCCUCAUGGGAGGAAUUCAAACUAUUAUGGCCUUUAUUGCAUUACCCUUUCUCGCCGAUUAUGACGUGUCACAGUAUGACGAGGGAUAAACUAAAACUCAAUCGCCAUUGGCUAUUUUGUGUAUUCCAUCCAUUUGGAUCCCGUUCUUCACGUUCAUCGUAUCGACAUGUCGAACGGGUUCCUCUCGAUCAACUUUGAACCGCAAGUGUUG